ACGAACGAGACGAAGACGGAACCAGAGCCCGGAGCCGGUCACACGGGUGGUGGAGGAGCGGUUCCGCUGAGCCGAAGAUGGCAGUGAAUGUAUAUUCAACAUCAGUCACCAGUGACAAUCUGAGUCGACAUGACAUGCUGGCAUGGAUCAAUGAGUCUCUGCAGCUGAAUCUGACGAAGAUUGAACAGCUGUGCUCAGGGGCUGCAUAUUGUCAGUUUAUGGACAUGCUGUUUCCUGGCUCCAUUGCCUUGAAGAAAGUGAAAUUUCAAGCUAAGCUAGAACAUGAAUAUAUUCAGAACUUCAAAAUACUACAAGCAGGUUUUAAGAGAAUGGGUGUUGACAAAAUAAUUCCUGUGGACAAAUUAGUAAAAGGAAAGUUUCAGGACAAUUUUGAAUUUGUUCAAUGGUUCAAGAAGUUCUUUGAUGCAAACUACGAUGGGAAAGACUAUGACCCUGUCGCGGCCAGACAAGGUCAAGAGACUGCUGUGGCACCCUCUCUUGUUGCUCCUGCUCUGAACAAACCAAAGAAACCUCUCAGCUCUAGCAGUGCAGCCCCGCAGAGGCCCAUUGCAACACACAGAACUACUGCAACGCCUAAGGCUGGACCAGGAGUGGUGCGGAAGAACCCUGGUGUGGGCAAUGGGGAUGAUGAAGCAGCCGAAUUAAUGCAGCAGGUCAACGUAUUGAAACUCAUUGUUGAAGAUUUGGAGAAAGAGAGAGAUUUCUACUUCGGGAAGCUCAGGAACAUUGAGCUAAUUUGCCAGGAGAACGAGGGGGAGAACAAUCCAGUACUACAGAGGAUUGUGGAUAUUCUGUAUGCCACGGAUGAAGGCUUUGUGAUCCCUGAUGAAGGGGGCCCCCAAGAGGAUCAAGAAGAGUAUUAAGAGCGUGGACCAGCAGAGCAGCAUCGGGAUUUUUCACUCCAAAUCAUGUGCUUAACUGUAAAAUACUCCCUUUUAUUCUUAGAGGACUCACUGGUUUCUUUCCAUAAGCAAAACGUACCUCUUCUUAAAGUGCACUUUGCAGAAGUUUCACUCCUUUUCCAAUAAGUUUGAGUUAGGAGCUUUUACCUUGUAGCAGAGCAGUAUUAACAUCUAGUUGGUUCACCCAGGGAACAGAGGCUGGCCAUGGGCUCACCGUGUGGACGCUGGUUAACACUGAGUGCUGGAGGAGGCGUUUCUGUGUAAUAAAUAUGCUGAGGUGGUGACCUCGGGAGAGAAAAUGUAAAGACUAAUGUGAAAUUUUGGCAGAAAAAUUUUAAUAAAUAAAUGCCUUAAGAGUAAAAAAAAAAAAACAAAAAAAAAAA